UCUUCUCGCCCCCGCUAUAAAUCUUCCCCGACGCCGCACGCAAAAUCCAAAAAUCCCCAACCCCAAACCUAGUACACUGCACUGUAGCAGCAGCGGGAGGAGGAGGAUGGUGGUGAAGAGCGGAGGAGGAGGCGGCGGCGCGGAGGAGGGGGCCGCGGGCGCGGCGGUGCGGCGGUGGGUGGAGGCCGGCGGCGGGAGGCUGGUGCUGGACGGCGGGCUGGCCACGGAGCUCGAGGCCCACGGCGCCGACCUCAACGACCCGCUCUGGAGCGCCAAGUGCAUCCUCUCCUCCCCGCACCUCAUCCGCAAGGUCCACUUAGACUACAUAGAAGCAGGUGCAAACAUUAUAAUUACAGCAUCAUAUCAGGCUACCAUUCAAGGGUUUGAGUCCAAGGGAUUUUCAAAAGAACAAGGUGAAAAUUUACUAACAAAGAGUGUUGAGAUUGCAUGUGAAGCACGUGAGAUGUUUCUGAAGCAGCAUCCAGAUCAAUCCACUCCCUUGCGUCCUAUUCUGGUUGCAGCUUCAAUAGGAAGUUAUGGGGCUUAUCUUGCUGAUGGCUCUGAGUACAGUGGGGAUUACGGUGAAGCUGGGACACUAGAAUUCCUGAAAGAUUUUCAUCGGCGGAGACUUCAGGUUCUUGCAGAAGCACGUCCUGAUUUGAUUGCUUUUGAAACAAUCCCUAACAAAUUGGAAGCUCAGGCAUAUGUUGAACUUCUUGAGGAAUGCAACAUAAAUAUCCCUUCAUGGUUUUCCUUCAACUCAAAAGAUGGAGUUAAUGUUGUUAGUGGAGACUCGUUAGUCGAAUGUGCUAAAAUUGCUAAUGAAUGUGCAAAGGUUGGUGCAGUUGGUAUAAACUGCACACCUCCAAGAUUUAUUCAUAGCUUGAUACUCUCCAUUCGGAAGGUCACAGACAAGCCAAUUCUGAUAUAUCCCAACAGUGGAGAAAGAUACGAUGCUGAGAAAAAGGAGUGGGUGGAAUCCACUGGUGUGUCAGACGGCGAUUUCGUUUCAUAUGUAGGCGAGUGGUGCAAAGAUGGGGCUGCCCUUAUUGGGGGCUGCUGCAGGACAACUCCAAACACCAUCAGGGCAAUAACUAGAUCCCUUAACCAAUACUACCCAGCAGCAUAGAGUUGUACUCCUUCAGACGGCUUGCCCCUGGUGUUACGUUGUCAACAUGUCCUGGAGAUUUAGUAAUAGCUGCGUGAUGUUCUACAAAAUGAGAUACCUGUGCACUUACAUUUGUGAAAUGGUGGUGUAUUUCUUCUUAGUUCUCAAGUCGGCCUACUCGGAGGUACAAUCAGUCGAGGAUUAGCAAGCAGUAAUAGUGAAGUUGUACUGAGGAGCGAGCGAAAUGAUUUGCGGCGAAGGUUCAUGAACCCUUAUUAGCUAUUAAGAGAGUUUGAGGCAAUGUAUGUGAUACAGAUUCAGAGUUGUUAUGGAGAUAUUAACCUGCAAUAAGCUGCUAUGCUGUAUGCAUACCCUGUUUCUUGUACUGUACUGUAGGUUUUAUCUCAACUACUAUGUAUGUAUUCUCCUCUGAAAAUGAUGAAGUCUCCUGAGGAUUUCUUUCA